AUGGAAACCUUUCAUGAAGCAUGUCGGCUCGGAAUAUUACAGAAAACAUCUAGACGCCCUCUUGAAGAAGAAAGACAAUUACUCUCGCCUGGUUCGGUGUUCGUGUAUGAUGAAAAUGAAGCCGGAAUCAAACGUUGGACAGACGGGAAAUUAUGGUCCCCAAGUAGGAUUUAUGGGGACUUUUUGCUCUAUCAAGAGCUGGAGUCGCGUCUUAAUCACAUUAAGAAAUAUGAAGAUCUUGAUGAAAAUAUCAAGGAGCGUAUUCAAAAAGAAAAUAAAAAAUUUCACGUGUCCAACAAAGGUACAUUUGUGUAUAAUAAUGAAGGUUUAAUAAAGAAAACCAUUUCGGCAAAUGUUGAAGGUAGCGUUCAACAUAUGAUCAUAUAUGAAGACAAGCAAGGUCAUCACGAUGAUCUAUAUCCACCACAAGCUUAUGUUGAAUUAUCGAACAUUAUGCCAAAUCCAGCAAUUACAAAGAGUGGUGCUUUACGUAGGGUAUCUUCACCACCUAAAGUCGGUAAUUCCAAAUAUUCAUUACCAAAAAUUCAAGUAGACGUAAGACAAAAUCAUGAAGAAAAUCAAGAGAUCAGAAAUGAUAACCAAUUUAAGGACAAUCAAUUUAAGAGUAACCAAUUUAGAGACAACCAAUUUAAAGACAAUCAAUUUAAAGAAGAAGUGGAGCAAAAAAUAAUAUUCGCACUUCCUUCCAAUCCAUUUAAUGCAUUUCAACUUCAACCGAUUCAAAAUUUUUCUGGUAAAACGGAUACGUAUUCUCCAGUGGUUACGCCUAUUAGUGGAACACCAGAUUGUGAAAUAUCUGAUCCUAUGAAGAUUACUAUACAUUCAUCUAAUAAUUAUAUGAUUAAUGGAGUGUUUGAUAAUGGAGAACAUCCAACGUUUAGAAGUAUUUUACCAGGAACGAUGUGCUGUCAUAAUAAACCUAUUAUUAUGAGGGAAUCACUUAUUCCUCCGUCUUUGCCACCUCUUCCUGAUACCAUCAACACUCCGCAAUACUUUGAAGUAAUUGGUUACUCACGAUACUAG